AUGAACGAUUGUAUGCAAGCCGCAUCCAAUUCGGGCAUGUUUGCACUGUGCUCAGAGCCAACGCUGCGUAAGAUCUGCGCGCGCACUAAAGCCGUUACUUACCCGAAGAAUGCCGUUGUGUACCACCAGGGCGACACGCAGACGGAGAUGCUGUUGCUCAAGACCGGCAGCGUAGAGUCCACCAAGAUCAUCGAGGGCCAAGAGCACACGCUUGAAGUCAUGACUAGUGGCGCCGUAAACUCCAAUCAUGCGCUUGUACAAGACCCUGCAGCCGUGACGGUGCGCUGCCUCACGCCUGUGUCGGGCUUUACGCUACAGAGUGUGGCGUUGAACGAGGUGCUGGAGGAUAAGACGGCCUCGCGUGAGGUUAUGCAUAGCCUAAGCAAGGAGAUACGACGACAGGCAUCACUGCUGCAGACGCCGCUGUUCGAGCAGCACGCCAAGCCCACGCCGUACUUUGCCACGUCUGUGGCCGCCUCGAUCGAGUCAUUUUAUCGUAGUGGGAUGAACUCGCUGCUGAAUGCUCGACUCACGGGUCAACCAGUGGCUAAACUCUUUCCAGAAAUGCAUUUGCAGAUUCCUACACGUAUCGUGUACAUUAAUGGCUUUAAGGGAAUUCGUCACCUGCUCGAGAAGAAUGUGAACGCGGACAGUUACGAGUAUCCGCUGUUAGUGCGUCUCACGGAGGCUGUGGCUCCUGGUGUCAUCAUGACGCCUGUGAGUAGUAUGCUGGAAGCCUUUAACGCUGGACACAUGAAUCCAGAAUCGCUGUCGACACGUUGGAUUCGUGGUACGGCGCCACGUAUGCUCCGUGAAGUGAUUUUUGGUGUCGGACUGAACCAGCUAUCGGACUAUUUCGAAGAACGUCUGUCCGUCACAUCAAGCCCUGCGAUGAACAAUGCCUUCGGUAGUAUGAUGGCUGGUGUCGUGUGUGGGUAUCUGUCCCAUGUGCCGCACAACUUGUCCACUAUGAAGCUGAUGCACCCGCAAAAAAGUUACGGCGAGCAUAUGGACGAUUUCAUUCGGCGUGCGGAGGUGCGCGUCCCUACGACGGUGUCUCCUCGUCAACGAUACGUGGCAGCCACGGCGAUGGCAUUGCUGUUUCCGAAGGGUUUGACGGUGCGUACUUCGCAGAUCGUGGGCUCGUUCAUUAUCCUAAACGGCACCAUCAACUCGCUCAAGGAGGUUGACUUCAACACGAUUAAGGGCUACAUGUCGGGCUAG